AUGGGUAGUUUUCCGGGACAUGCACUUCCUGGAUCAAUUUUCAUAUUUCUUGGUCUAGGAUGGAUGUAUUCAGCAUGGUUGCGCUAUUUUAUUUGCCGACAUCGUCAAAAACCCUAUUACGUUUCAAUAUCAUUUCCAUUUCAUUGCUGUUCAGCUGGUCUAAAACUACCGUUGGAAUCAUUUAUUGUUCUAUUCGGUACUACACUAGGAAUUAUGGUCGAGUUAGGCACUGGUUUAAGAAAAACAGUUGAUCAAGAUGGUAUAUCAUCCUAUUCCUUUGGAGCCAACAAUUUACAACAUUUUACAAUGUAUUUCAUGUUCUUUCUUGUCGGUAUUCUUGAAUUACUACAGCAUUAUCAUUUUACAUUACCUUCCCAUAUCGAUGUUGUUGUUAGUCUUCUAGCAUUCUCAGCUGAAGGCUUACUGUUUUAUUUUCACGUUCACGCCCGUGAUCCUGUUGACAUUCAAUUGCAUAUAUUAUUAGUUCUCUCAAUUGGUGCCAUUGUUAUAUGUAGUACAUUCGUUUUAGUAGAAAAAAUUACAAUAGUUUGUAUUUUAUCUAUGUUUGUCAUUUCUUCACCAAUUUGUUCUUUUAUAAGUAAUGCUAAUAUAUUUUUUAAUGCAUUUUUAUUUAUAUGGUCCAGUAUGAACAGUAGCACAAAAAUUAAUAAUAUCAUCUGA